CAAAUCCUCAAGCAUCCUCUGAUGGGCCUCAGCAAAACUCAACUUUGCAACUUGAACUGAGGCGACAAGUGUCGUGUCUUCAUAUUCAGCCUUGCGCUGUCACCUCUCGCUGCCUGACGGACUGACUAAAUCCGGCAUUUCUAACCUCAUCGUCAUAUCCUCUAUCCUUACGAAAAAAAUCCACAGUUCACUACAGCAUAAUGGACCCAGCCACACUUAAUCACCUCGUGGAUGAAUGGGGCAUCGCGGAGGCGCACGGGGCCUUGUGUCAGGAAUUCGACAUCCACUAUCCCAGUCAGCUAGAGGUUUUUGACGACGCACUCCUAGACCUGUACCGCGAUGUCUUGAAGCUAAUAAACUAUUACUUCUACGAUCAAGGGGAUGGGAGAGAGAUUUUAGCCCGCGUCUACGAGUCCGCGAACGCGACUGCUAUCGCCUUUUAUAGAAAGGAGAUCCAGACGCCCCAAGAAAUUGCCAACGCGCUCCCGUCUCACUCUGAAGUCUUGGCUGUUCGAUUCAUCUGCCCGUAUGGGCGUGCAUAUGGUUCCAUUGCUGGAAGCCUUGCGGCGAUGCGCCAGGCACACCUCCUUCAAGUCCCAGCACCAGGGCCAAGCAAUGACGUUGGUUUAUCAUAUCCGACUGCCAAUACCUACACCUCCAUCACAAAUAAUAUCGUCGGAAAGACAGAACUCCAGAGAUCGCCAACGCAAAGACCCAACGCAUGA